AAUGUCCGGAUUACCGAGGAGAAUCAUCAAGGAAACGCAGCGCCUCAUGGCCGAACCUGUGCCGCGCAUUAGUGCAAUUCCGGACGAACAGAACGCGACGUAUUUUCACGUUGUCGUAGCCGGUCCCGAAGGGUCGCCGUUUGAAGGAGGAGUGUUUAAAUUGGAACUGUUUCUUCCCGAAGAGUACCCGAUGCUUGCUCCCAAAGUGCGCUUCAUGACAAAGAUCUACCACCCCAAUAUAGACAAGCUAGGUCGUAUAUGUCUCGACAUUCUCAAAGACAAGUGGAGCCCGACGCUGCAGAUCCGCACGGUGCUGUUGUUUAUCCAAGCUCUGCUCAGUGCCCCUAACCCCGACGAACCCUUGGCAAACGACGUGGCCGAGUAGUGGAAGGUCAACGAGGCAGAAGCCAUCAGAACAACGAGAGAAUGAACAAGGCAGUACGCAAUGAACGUCUGAGGCAUAGCAAGAGAGAGGUGGCAAUGGCUAACGGCGACAAUGCUUUUGAGGAAUUGUUUUUAGGGGCGAAGCUCCUUAAGGCGGCACCCGUUCGUCCCUCGUAGUCGUCAUCG